AUGACAGACUUGCAUGAACUCUGUAAUCUCAGAGAUAGACCUAUCACUUACACAUACUUGGAUAGGUUGACCCAAUUGAUGAACAGCGGCGUCCCUGCGACGUACACCGUAGAAGAGGCCACAAGCCGAGCACUAGCAGCAACAACCACGCCCCUUCAUUUGCUCUGCAAUGCCAUUCCUCCCGACUUGGACAAAAGUGAACUCGCGGUUGUUGAAGAGAUGGUCGAUAUACUAUUUGAACAUGGAGCAGGGUGGAGCUUGACGGAUGCCAAUAACGAAACGCCAGGGUGCAUAUUGAUCCGGCGUGAUUUGGCUAGAGUGUUUCCGUCCAUCUAUGAUAGAAUCGUAGAUGCUGGUGUGAGAGCAGAAUUGCUUUUAAGGAAAAUGGCCGAGUUUGGCCUUGCAGACGGCUUUACUUCUGCAGAGGACGUCGACCCUGCACUGAACCAGCAAGCAUACCUUGACACCAAGCUUGAGUAUGUAGAGAAUGCUUUGGUGACCAAGGAUUCUAGGGAUGCUGUGAUGAUGGACUGGGAAAGAGAGAUUAUGCAAUUGGGUGCAGACUCCAUCUUUCUAGGUGCACAACAGGAUAAAGAUGUUUCUGUGUUGAACAUUGGGUUUGGUAUGGGGAUCAUAGACCAUAUGAUUCAGGCGAAAAACCCAACGAAACACUACAUCUGUGAAGCGCACCCCGAUGUGUUGGCCAAGAUGCAACUGGACGGAUGGUUCGAUAAGCCGAAUGUGGUGGUGAUGCCAGGAAGGUGGCAGGAUAAUCUCAGCAAGCUUCUCAACGAUAACGUUGUGCUUGACGGGAUCUACUACGACACGUUUUCUGAACACUAUAGCGAUAUGCUUGACUUGUUUGACUAUGUUGUAGCAUUAUUGAAACCAAAAGGCGUGUGCUCCUUCUUCAACGGGCUUGGUGCGGAUCGACAAGUGGUGUACCAUGUGUACAACAAGUUGAUCGCUAUUGAUCUUGAGCAAUCAAAUUUAUAG